CCCAAACCCAGCUCGGUAGGGCCGGGUGCUGCUCCAGCACCGACCCCAUGUGGGUGUGGGUGACAGCAGGGCUGAAUCAGCCCAAAGCCAGGGGUCAGACGCAGGGUUGGCACUGCCUGGUGGCCCCACAUUGGCCUGCACUGGCUGGGAGCUGUUUGGGCAGCAUCUGUGGUGGGAGCUGUGUGUGCUCCUCCAUGCCUUGACGGUACCUUCCUCCUCUUCCUGAUAUUCCUCCUUCUCCCCGUGCCAAGGUGCCAGCAGCUGGCUUUAGGGACAGGGAUGGCUUUGUCCCCACAGCAGGAUCAGGACCUCAUCACUGUGCCUGGCACUCACAGGCCUCCCCUCCAGGCCCAGCACCAGUGCACGGGCUGAUGGGAUCGCUGUUCCCACCGUGGCUGCUCCCAGCUCUCCCCCCAACGUCUCCACGCUACCACCUCCACCCAUCCCCGCAUCCCCUCACUCCAUGGUGCUUUACCCCCGUAUCCACAUCUCCCUCCUCUUCCUCCCCAGCCGUGGCCAAGGGCCUCCUCCUGCUCUGGGCCGUGCCCACGCGCAGCGCUCAGCCCCCGUCCCCGCAGCAGACCCAGGCCUUGGUGCGGCACAUGGCCGAGGACGCGCAGGAUCUCUUCGAACUCUACGAGCAGGAGCAGCACCUGGCCUACAACCUGUGCCGGACCAACAGCACGCUGGAGUGGCUGCGGGGGACGCUGGGGCCGCGGGACAGGGAUCUGCGAGCACUACACAGCGCCAUGUCCCGCAUGGAACGGGAGCUGCAGGACAUCGCCCGGCACCAGCGCAACCUGCACCCGCCCGGGGCUGCCAUCCUGCGCCAUCUCCAGAGCGCCCGGCUGAAGGCGCGCGGCCUGCUGGCCCACCUGCAGGACACCAUGGAGGCCCGCGGCCUCGUCCCCGCCACCGCCCCCCCGGCCCGGCGGCCGGCGGCCAGCAGGGUGUUCCAGCAGAAGCUGGAGGGAUGCCGCGUGCUGUGGAACUACGCCCAGUUCAUGGCCAAGCUCAGCGCCCGGCUGGAGGCCCGGGCCCUGCGGGCACGGCGUGAGGAGCGGGGCCGGCGGCGAGGCCGGCGGAGGGGACAGAGGACAACCAGAGCCUGACGGAGACCUCCACGCCACCGCCAGAGCCGGCCGGGCUGCGGUCGGACCUAGAGCUGCGCCCGGUGCUGGCACCGGGGUCACUGUGGGUUGGUGAUGGAUUUUCCAGUGAUUCAAUGGGUCCGGUGACACGGCCUGACUAAGGGGCCCAGCACCCACACACGGCACUGCAAAGGCUGCGAGUGCCACCGGCCUGUCCCCUGCCAGCCCCGACGGCAUCUCAGGGGGUUCGGUGACCCUGGAGCUCAGAGUCCCUAAGAGCGUGAUGUCCCUCCUAGCUCGGUGUCCCCACUCACGUGGUGUCUCUGUGAGCUUGGGGUCCCUGUUAGUUUUGGGUCCCUUCAAGCUUGUGAGCUUUGUGUCCCCGCUCCCUUGGUGUCCCUGCAAACUUGAUGUCCCCACUCAGUUGGUGACCCCACUCACUUGACACCUCUAUGAGCUUGGGGUCCCUCUUAGCUUUGUGUCCCUCCUACCUUGAUGUCCUCAUUCAUUUGACGUCCCCACGCACACGGUGUCCCCUCCCAGCAUCCUCAUGAGCACGCUAAGCUCACCUCUGUGCUUGCCUCUUCACCCCUGCUUGCUCGCUGUCCCCGUCCCCUCCUCACCCCACAACCCCCAGGUGACCCCCGGCGUUGGGCACACUGUGACGGUGGGCACCGGCCCCAUCUAACUUAUACGUGACAGCGGUACAGCACCUGUAUUUAUUGAAGCCAUCAAAUUAAUUUAACGUGUCCCCGCGCUGGGGACGAAUAUUUAAGUUUACACUUUUAAUAUAUAAAUGGAUAUCUAUUUUUGUUAUUUUUUUUUAAUUGUAUUGUGUUAAAGUAUAAAUAUGAUGAUAUUUUAUUUAUGAAUGCAAAUAUUAUUUUGUACUGGAAGAAGGGCACCGGCCCCUUAUUUUUCUA